CAGCGUCGCGCGGGUGGUGACGUCAACUCAGCGCGACGGAGCGCGAGUGAUGACGCCAUCAGAAUGCGACGGGGCGCGGGUGAUGACGUCGUCAGAAUGCGACGGCGCCGUGUGUGUUGUGUCGGAGCGGGGACGCAGCGGCGGAGCAAUGGCGGAGGCGGGGAAGAAGCCCCGGGAUGAGGCCCAGGUUGAGGCCGGCCCCGAGGAGGCCGUGAACAUCAUCUGCCUGGGCGACAGUGCCGUGGGCAAGUCCAAGCUGCUCGAGAGGUUCCUGCUGGACGGAUUGUAUCCGCGGUUCCGGCCGCGCCCCUCAGGUGUCGGUGGGGCAGGCGGGAAGCGGGCGGCGGGCGGCAGGCGCCGGCGGGGACUAUUCAUCCGACGGCUCCUUAACGUGGGCGCAGCCGCCCUCAGCAGCUCUCCACGUUCGCCACGGACGCUGUACCGACACCGAGCGCGGGUGGACGGGAAGGCGGUGCUCAUGAAUAACUGGGACACAGCUGGACAAGAGAGGUUCCAGAGCGUGCAUGCCUCCUAUUACCACAAAGCUCAUGCUUGUAUCAUGGUAAGGGUGAUGUCCCGGAUUGCCCAAGGAGGCUGUGGAGGCUGUGGCGCUCAAAGCCGGGCUGGAUGUGGCUCUUGGCAGCCUGGUCUGUUGGUUGGCGACACUGCACAUAGCAGGGGGUUGGAACCAGAUGAGCACUGUGGGCCUUUGCAACCCGGGCCAUUCUAUGGUUCUGUGUCUCGUGGGAUUUUGACUGAUAAGUCCCAGCUGAUGUUUGGCCUGGACGUUACUCUUUACUGUUACACUAUACUUUUUUAUCUCUUCCAGAUGUUUUACAAAUUUUCCCACGUUGUUCCUUCUUUUCUUACCUACAAAGCUAGUGUAGUUGGUGUGUUCUGCAUAAUUCCUGCAGUGCUUUGACUGCAUUCCCUGAGUUUGAU